AUGUCUAAUUUUAUUAAAAGCUCCACAAAAUAUUUAUUAAUCCAAUUCUUAAUUUUCGAAUUCUUUACAUCCUACAUUUGCUUUGGUUUUUCACUUCUUAAAAGAUCCGCAAUUCCAUCGGAGACAUGCCCAUGUAUACCAAAUAUUAUUCAACAAGGAAUAAUUUGUAAUGAAAAUUAUAUGGAAGAAAUUGCUGAGGGUCAUCUUUUUCAAGGGUGUAGUGAAGAUGAUGAAGCAACUUUAUUUUGUGAUCAUUAUGAUGAAGAUUUCGCGCUCUCAUGUCGAAGAUCCCCACUUCGACGUUUUUUGCCAAAAUAUGUAAGAAACUCCUUUUAA